UCAAAUUUCAAAAUUCGAAAGUAGAAAGCAGAGGAAUUAGGGUUUGGAAAUCGAUAGGAAUCAAAAUGGCAUCAUCAGCAGACAUGAAAGGAUUCUACAAGCAGAAGAAGAAGAAUGCAGCGAUUAGCAAACCUUCAUCCAACAAAUCGAAAUCGAAGCCCAAGAAUGCUGUGAGUUUCGGAGCGCGUAAUGCACAACCUACUGCUCUCGUCGCCCAUGGUUCUUUGGAUCUUCAAGAGGGUCAUGAUGCAACUGAAGAAGUGUUGAGGCAAUUCGACAUGAACAUGGCAUAUGGGCCGUGCGUUGGGAUGAAGAGGAUGGAUCGUUGGGAGAGGGCUGCUUCGUUGGGGUUGAACCCUCCCAAAGACGUCCACCGUCUCUUGACAUCUACCUCCAACGAGGGUUCCUUGUGGGAUGGUCGCGUUUGAACUCCAAAACAAGAAUCUGUUGUGGGUAAGGUAUGUAGACACAAUACAUGGUACCUCUUUCCGUUUGUUUCCCUGUACAGUCUCUAGCUGACUCGGGUUUUUUCUUGCUGCCAUGAAUUAUCCUUGUGCUUUUAGCCAAGUAUCAAUCAAUGCUUUUGGUUGUUCUCUUCUGUUCUUAGUUUUGUUUUAUGGAACAAGUUCUUCUCUUGUGGGGUG